AUGAAUGAUCGACGUUCUAGCCAUCAUCCUCAUCCUCGUUCUCAACAACAACAUGUACAGCAAACAGUUGAAGAGAGAUGUCAAAUAUUAGAAAAUGAACUUAAACAAAAAAAUGAUACAAUUGAUAGACUCAGGAAUGAAAUCCAUCAUUGUAAUCAACAAAAUGAUCAAUCACGUUCAACAUGUAUUUCAGCUGAGAAAUCAACUAUCCGCAGUAUUUCACAGCGUUCCAGUGGUAGCGUCACUAGUAAAUUACUAAUUAAAGAUCGAGAAAUAGCCAAAUUGAAAGCAUUCAUUUUUGCAAAAGAUAAUGAAGUUAUUGCACUUACAUCCACUAAUAAAAAUUCUCUAUCACAGAUGGAAGAACGAAUAGAGCGUGAAAAAAAAGUAUGGAAUGAUCAUAGAGAUCUUUUAAUAGCCGGUGAACGAACGAAAUUUGAAGAAGAAAAAACUCGUUUACUUAAAGACUUACAGGAUCAACUAAAAUUUGAACAAGAACAUUGUCAACGUUUGGAGAAAAAAUUACAGGAUACUCAAAAGAUAUCGAAUGAAGCUCAACUGAUGCUUAAAGACAGUGGUCGUGAACGUAUCAAUGCUGUCUAUGGUAUAAAAGAACAAUGUCGAAAAGAAUUUCAAGAUGAAGUUACUCGACUACGUAAUCAAUUUCAAUUGGAGAAAGAUGCUGAAUGUGCUCGUAUUCAAGAUCGUGUUCGUGAAUUAGAAAAUGCAUUAGAUCAUGCUUCGAAUGAAAAUGCUGAUGCUGGUUUACGUCAACAUGAAUUAUUUUUAAAUUUAGAAGUCUCAGAAAAAGCUUGUGUUCAUACAAUAAACGAUUGCAUUAAAAAAUUACUCAUGUCAAUGGAUAGUCCAUCUAAAGCCUACACAAAAAUUCAACAUAUUACAUCAUUCAAAUAUGAUCAAAAGUCAAUUGUUGAACGAUUACCAACUCAAAAUACACUUAAAUUACUUCAAGAUACUGUCAACGAUAUUCAAAAUUAUAUUCUUGCACAAAAAGUGCAAACUGAAGCAAAAGGAAAGCUUUUAAAUAAAUCGAAAGUAUUAACUGAUCGAAUAACUGAUUAUUCAAAUCGAAAAUUUGAUGAUGAUAUUACGAAUAAUCGAAAACCCUAUCAGCAAGUUAUAAAAAAUUCAUUUUCAAAAGAUCAAAAAGAAAAUGGAGAUUAUUUCCAUGAUGCUGAUCGUUUGUCACAACCCUAUGAUCAUGAUCACUAUCAUUCUCAGAAUAAUUUGCAUCAUCCUUUCAAUUUAUCAUCAGAACAAAAUGAUACUAUCAAUAAUCUUGUGCAAAAGCUUGAAGAUCACAUUGCCUCUGAACUCAAUCGUUUGACUAAACAACGGUUAACAUUAAACGGUUUAAAAUCUCAUGAUGAUCGAUCAACGUUAUAUCCUUUCGAAACACCUAAAACGCUCAAAUUCGAACCUGAGUCAGUGAAUACCAAUGGUGUUGGCAGGCAGGAUACCCUUAUUCGUCAUUUACAAGGUCGUAUUAGCGAUUUGCAAGAUGAUAAUGUACGUCUACGUAAUUAUGAACAAUCAACAGCAUGUUUAACAACAAAUACUAAAUCAAUACAUCAGGAAAUUGAUAAACAUCCAUUAAUAUCAUCGAUAUUUUCACAGACUUGUCCAACAAAAUGA